AUGAGUUCUUUAGACUUAGUGCAUGGGAAAAGCAGCACGGCGAGCCCUACGAUGGGAUCCCCGGAGAAGCCCGAGAAGCCGGUUUUGCGCAUUAAAUUCCCCCCAAUGAAGGAUCGCGAGGAGAUCCUUCGCAAUCAGCGGGCCGACCUCCCCGAUAGCAGCGUGCGGGAUUCCCUCGAAGGGGAGAUUCCGCCCAUGAUUCGCAGCCUUUUGGAGCUCUCGAAUUUGUUUGUGAGCGUGCAUAGCCAAUAUUUCCGAGCCGCCCCCGGGUACGCCGGGGGGAUUUUCUACCACGGCUCUCCUUAUUGUUUUGCCUCCGGUUUCCGCGAUGGCUCGCUGUCGAAGGAUCCUGACGAUAAGGAAAAUUCUAUGCGGCUGAAAGAUCCCCUGACCUACGGCGUCCUUUCCCUUCCGAUCACCGCCGCCUAUUUGUGUGAACUUCAUGGGAAAAACCUCUUUGAUCUGACGCGGCCACUCGUGGAGUAUUUGCCAGAUCUUCAGGGCAAAUUAUCGCCGGAGGCCACCGCGCGGAGUAUUCUUUCCUUCACCACGGUAAUCGAGGAAGGGGGGAUUUUAAAAGAUGCGAGGGUGAGCCGGUUUACGCCGUUCGCGGCGUGGAAUAUCUGCGAGGCGGUGGCGAGGCGGGUGUAUGACCCGUUAAAUCGCUUUUUCGCAGGCGGGCAGGCCGGGCUGCUGAGUGGGCGUCAACAGCGCGAAAAUCUGGUUCAGUACCUUCGCUCCUCAACGCGGUUUGGCGGGCUGGUUCGCCGUCCACUCCGACAUGCGCGCGUGAGCCAUUUUUCCAUUGCCCUCUUGAUUGCCGCUGUGGAGACGCAAUUAAAGGGCCGCAGCUUCGAGGAUUCGAUUCGCGAGCACUUUUUCGAGCCUGCGCAGUCGCACUCCGCGGGCUACGGCCCACCCGCGUUGUGGAAAGACCCCAACGAGAUCUUUUACCAGGCUAGAAGUCUUCCCAAGCAGCAUCAGGGGUUUCGCAAGGCCAUUCCGUUGGGAUCGCUUGACAAUUGUGGGCCACCCAUGCUCAAUGCCUCGCUGAACCUCUAUAGCCCCGUUGAGGAAUAUGCAAAGAUGCUAAUGCUCUCAGUAGAUACCAUUCAGGACGCGCGGAAAAUAUUUGGAGCACCUAAUCCAACCCACGUCUAUUACGACUUUGGUAUUCAAUUUCUACCACGCCACGAGCAGCUCCACCUGGCGCCUGCAUUUUUUUCUGGGUUAGACUUCAUUCCCACCGCGGCUUCGUUCCAAUAUGACGUGAAAAUCGAUUUAGGUUGCUUCGGUAUUUCCUCCUGUGGGAGUCGUAACGCUCGUAUAUUUGCUGGCUCGAUAUCGCAUAUAAUCCGGCAUCUUUUCCUCAAACAUCUACUUCGGAAAGGGGUGGAUGUUGAGAAGCCACUGGAUUUAGAUAACCCAGCAGGCGAGUCAGACAACCCGACGGUGCGCAAGUUUAAAAAAAUUACGAAAGAUCAGGAGUACAAAACCUACUUCAAGAAUCUUGAUGCGCAUAAAAAGUUUUAA